AUGUUGUCUGCUGCUGCAGAAUUUUUGCGCAUGUGCAGUUUUAGAGCACCUGAAACAUGGUAUGCAACGGUUGUGAGAAGCUAUAACUCAAGCUAUGAAUUUUCUAAUUUUGUUGUUGGAAUUGUUGGUCAAAUAUCUCCCAAAACAUGGGCUGCUAUAGAAGUCUUCUUAGGAUCGAUUGCCAUUGAAGAUUAUGACUCAAUGGCAUAUUCCUUAAUUCAAAUGGGUGCUACAAGAAACAAUGUUGUUGCUGAUGCCUUUUCCAGAGAUUUAGAGAAAGUUUUCUCAUCAAUUAAGGCAAAUGUAUUGUAUCACACAUAA